GUGCUCCAUAUAUAAGCAUCUCACUGCCACUGUUAUGGACAUACUCAAUUCGUACAUCUACCUCUCAGUACACCAACCACCAAUUCAGAGCAAGAUGAGAGCCUAUCAGAUCCUCGCCUUUGUCAGUGCAUUUGUGGCUUUGGCCGCUGCCUACCCUCAGCAUUAUGGAGGUCAUGAAGAUCAUGGACACAAGGAACUCUAUGACUACUAUGCUUAUCCCAAGUACCAGUUUGACUACGCCGUGCACGACCCGCACACCGGCGACUUCAAGAACCAGUGGGAGACCCGCGACGGCGACGUGGUCAAGGGCGAGUACACGGUCCACGACCCUGACGGCACCAUCCGCACCGUCAAGUACACCGCCGACAAGCACAACGGAUUCAACGCCGUCGUGCACAAGGCCGGAAAGUCGCACCACCCCCAGAACUACGGCCACCACUACUAAUUAAAGGCCCAAAUUCUUUCCACAUACAUCCCGCCUCCGUGCAAAUUUGAAUCCUACUCGUCAUUUAUAGUGUAAAUACGUAGCAGAUCACCCACCCAUCGUGCGCAUUCUCCACUGCGAGGAGAAGUAAAGCAGCUAAAAUUUUGUAAAAUGUGUGUUAAAUGCAAGUCGGCAUUUUUUAUGCGGAAACUGAAAAAUGACUGUCCGACUGUGCAAUGUUAAAACUGUUAUAAGUGUGAUGUUUUUUUUUUUAAUAAAU